UACAGACUCCAAACUAAAAGUUUCUUUUAUUAUUAAUAUCUAUCUACACCAACUCUCUCUCUCUCUCUCUCUCUCUCUCUCUCUCUCUCUCUCUCUAACCUACAGACAAUCUGAGGUUUCAAGAACCGACGGAUUGAUCUCUAGGGCACAACACAAAUAACAUCAAAUUUGUGGUCUACCCAACUCCAGGAUAUGAUGCAAUCAUCCCACACACACACUCAAGAUUCCACCCCUCUUCUUAAUUCUAUAUAAUAGUGCAAUAAUCUUUUUCCUUUUCGUUCUUCGUGGGCGUAAAUCCCAAAUAUCGGUGCUUUUUCGGCUCCUGAACCAUCUGCCUUUUUUUUGGUCCAAGACAUGGAUGGGAGUGGCAGAUCAGCUGUUCAACCUUUGGAGCCACCAGGGAUAUGCGGUCUAUGCCAUAGAAUACUUCCAUUAGAGAAUGACGCCAUUGACCUUGACUCCAUCAGUAUAUGUGGGGACUGUAAAUUUCUAUUUCUAGAAGAUGGUGACACCCCACCUCAACACAUUCAACGAAGAACUCCUAGAGUAAGAAGAACAAGAUACAACAACAGUUCAGAAUCAAUCGAAAACAUCUUCUCUCACCAGUUUUCAAACAUGAUCAAUCAAGCAAAUACAAGACACUCACACAACCCUCCUCUUGUUCCUGUUUCUGACCUAGAUAAUCAAUCCAUAGACAGUGUUCAUACAAGCUCCCGUGGAUCAAGAAGAUGGAGGAGAGUUGUUUCCGAUACAGAAAGUGAUGGUUUUGAUUCUGUUUAUGGAGAAAGCGAUGCAAUCUCAUAUGGUGUUUAUGGAGGUGAUUCGGAUGCUUCUGUUGAUGUUCAUAGCUUUCUUGGUGAUAGUGAUACUGAUAUUGACCCUAUGCAUGCUGGUUUGAAUCAAUGGAGCUCAGAUGAUGAAUGGGAAGAGAUUGAAGAUGACAACAACAACAAUAACAAUAACAAUAACAAUACACUCGGAUCUUUAAUAGCUAGAGUUCAUCUCCAAAGAUCAUUGGAAUCGGAUAAUGAGAAUGCAGUUCAUGUAAGAAUAAGUGAAAGGAGACAAAGACAAGUUAACAUUGUGGAACAAGAAGGGCAUUUUGGGGAUUAUCUUGAUGCUAGGAGUUUUGAGGAGCUGGUGGAGAGGCUAGCGGAGGCGGAUAAUUCAAGGAGAGGGGCGCCUCCUGCUGCGGUUUCUUUUGUGGAGAAUCUUGAAAAGGUGGUGGUGGUGGAGAAAGGGGAGUAUGAUGGGGUGGUGUGUGCAGUUUGUAAAGAGAGUUUUUGUGUGGGUGGUGUGGUGAAUCGGCUUCCGUGUUUUCAUGUUUACCAUGGUGGUUGUAUUAAACCAUGGUUGAGUUCACGGAAUUCUUGUCCUUUGUGUCGGUUUGAGCUUCCGACUGAUGACAUGGAGUAUGAGAACCGGAAAGUAAGGGUUGUGGAAAUGCAACGGGAGGAGGAGGAGGAAGAAGAAGAAGAGGAAGAGGAGGGGGGAAGGGCGGAAUCGUCUUUUGAAUUGGUGAAUGAUGAGAGUGGAAGUGAAAGAGGAAGAGGGAGAUGGUUUUUUGUUGCGAGUUUGGUGGGAAUUGGUCUUGCAUUGUGGUUAGGGAAUCCGGGAGCUAUUCGGGAUUCUGGUUCUGGUCAAAGAGGGAAUAGGAAUAGGAGAUGGUGGUCUUUGUUUUAGGUUAUAUGAGAUUUGUGAGCGACUAAUAAUGACUUUGGUGGAGUUGGAAUUGGAAAAAUUUGGUUUUGGGGUGUUUGUUGUUGUUAUUUGAUGUAAUAGUUAAUGAAUGAUUGAGGAUUGAGGCUAGUAGCAUUUGUACAGAAUUUUUGCUUUACGAUUUGGAAUGUGUUGACUCAUUCAUCCAUGUUUUGGUUUGUGAAGGUUUAAUCAUAUAAUGUUUGAUUAUAUUCAUUUUUAAGUGGUGAUCCAAAUGACCUCCGAUAUUUAAAAAAAAAAAAAAAAGUUAAAAUCCUUUUGGUAACUUGAAAAAACUAAGAAUACAUGGAACACGUGAUUCUAAUUGAAUAUAAAUAUGAUAAAUACUUCCAUCACACAAUCGUUGAAACUGAAAUGUCUAAAAAAUAUGUAAUCAUUCUAACAUCAAGAUAAGUAACAUCAAUAGCCAUCAGCUUAUGAACAAAGAAUGAAAACCCUUCAUCUCUCUUUCUCUCUUUGGAUUUGUAUUUGAUAGAGAUACAAACAUACGAAUCAUCCCACUUGAUAUGAAUAUAAUCACUGGUACUCACAUUCGCAUGCUUCUUCUAAUCCUCUUUGUUUUCUUCUUCAAGUUUGAGAAAGAGAGUCUAGAAAAGGAUGUUGAGAUACAAAACAAUCCAACCUGCCAUUGAAAUAAUGGCAAAUAUAUGAACCCAAAACAAAAUGGCUGCAGCUUCCCUUCCACACCCUCUUAGACUCGCAACAGCACCUG